AUGUUUUUAGGCCCUCUAAGUCCCUUUAGUAAAAUUGUCUACGAUUUCUGUGGGUUCCGUGGAACAACUGCUAAGACUCGAAUUGGCUUGAUCAGGCAAUCUGCGUUCGUUUACGGGCUUGAUGGGAUCUGGGAAAUCGAGGAAGUAAAAAAAACAAUAAGCGGACUGUUCGACAAAUUGCACGAGGCCGAACAGAACGGUCAAGUGGAAGAGCUCAAAAUCGAACUGGAAACUGUGAAGAAAGAAAAGGAAGAGCAAAUUUCUGCACUUCAGCAGACCAACGAAAGACUGCAGAUGACUGAACAUCAGCUGCAAGUGCUGAAGGAAGAGAAUGCGCGAUUAGGAGAAGCAUGUGACGACGCUGAUGCUAUUGAGCAAGGGCUGCGUGAUGAAAUAUUUGAACUGAAACAACAGCUUGCUAAACUGCAAGCCGAAAAGGAUGGUGAGGAUACCCGAGAAGUGAAUCGAAGAAUGGGCAACAUAGAAGCUGCAGCAGGUCAUUCUACAAAAGCAUGUGAAAAGGAAAUGCGAAGUGAUUCGCCUUGCAGUGCCGUAUCAAGCUUUGAAAAAUGUUGGUUUAUUUUUUCGCCUUUGCUGCUUGCCUGA